AAGGGAGAGAUGGAGGAGAGUCGGAAAGAUCAUCACUCACGAAAAGGGCAUGCCCACGUGGUGAUGGUGCCAUACCCAAGCCAAGGCCACAUCAACCCUCUCCUCCAAUUCGCAAAGCACUUGGCUUUCAGAGGCAUCAAGGCCACUCUGGCCACCACCCGUUACACCGUCCCCUCCAUCUCCACCCCAUACGUCGGCGUCGAGCCCAUCUCCGACGGAUUCGACGACUCCGGCUUUGCCCAGGCCGGAAGCGAGGACGUCUACCUCAGCUCCUUCAAGGCCAAUGGCUCCAGAACUCUGUCCGAGAUCAUCCGCAAGUUCAAGAGCUCCGGCUUCCCGGUCGACUGCGUGGUUUACGAUUCGUUCCUCCCGUGGGCUCUGGACGUGGCCAGGGAGCACGGCAUCUACGGAGCUUCCUUCUUCACCAACUCCGCCGCAGUCAGCGCCGUCUUCUCCAUGCUGCACGACGGCAAGCUCAGCCUGCCGCUAAAGCUGGACGAGUCGCCGCUGCAGUUGCCUGGCUUGCCACCUUUGUACUCGCACGACCUGCCUUCGUUCCUCAAGGCGCCGGGAAGCUACCCAGCUUACUUGUCCAUGAAGCUCAGCCAGUUCUCUAACUUGGAAGACGCGGAUUGGGUGUUUGGGAACACCUUUGAAGCUCUGGAAGGUGAGGUGGCUGGAACGGUGUCGGAGCAGUGGCCGGCGAAGCUGAUAGGACCCAUGGUGCCAUCGGCGUACUUGGACGAAAGGAUGGAGGAGGACAAGGGGUACGGAGCCAGCCUGUGGAAGCCGCUGGGGGAGGAGUGCAUGAAGUGGCUGGAAUCAAAGGCCAGACACUCGGUGGCGUACGUGUCGUUUGGGAGCAUGGUAGCUUUGUCGGCGGAGCAGAUGGAGGAGGUGGCGUGGGGGCUGAAGGGGAGCGAGAUGAACUUCAUAUGGGUGGUGAGGGGAACGGAGCUGGGGAAGCUGCCAAGCCACUUCAUAGAGUCGACGAGGGAGAAGGGGAUGGUGGUGACGUGGUGCAACCAGCUGGAGAUGCUGGGGCACGGGGCGGUGGGGUGCUUCGUGACGCACAGCGGGUGGAACUCGACGCUGGAAGGGCUGAGCCUGGGGGUGCCCAUGGUGGGGGUGCCCAAAUGGGCGGAUCAGCUGACGGACGCCAAGUUCAUAGAGGGAGUUUGGAGGGUUGGGGUGAGGGCCAAGGAGGACUACAAGGGGAUUGUCACCAGGGAUGAGCUCAUUGCUUGCUUGAAGCAAGUCAUGGGGGAUGGGGAUGCUGCCGCGGAGAUGAGGGCAAAUGCCGCUAAGUGGAAGGCUCUCGCAAGGGAAGCCAUGAGCCAAGGCGGCAGCUCCGACGGGGCCAUUGCCCACUUCGUCCACCACCUCAUCAACAAGAAUAAUGCUAUUCGGCCCGAAGUGGUGCCCGAAUAGCAUUGUUCCAUGAACAAUAAGAAGCAGCAGCCAAACACAAACACAAAGGCAAUUCAUUGGUCUGGUGGGUAUGGGUGUGCCACCAAUUAAUUAAUUAAUGCCCGCCGCUGCUACCUACCUGCGUGUUUAAUUUCUUCGUCAGAUGAAUUCCGGCAGCAGCCGCGCAUUCAUCAUUUCUUUUUCUUUUAGUUCUUGAAUGGGAAAUUAACCUUUUCAUUAAUCAAUUUAAGACGACGAGGACGACUACUACUACUAAUCACUUCCAUGAUAUUUAUGGCCUCUGUUCUAAUUUUAAGGUCAUCAACUUUUCCUAAUUAAGUUGUAACCCAUACAUAUUCUCCCGCUAUAUAUAUACCUCAAUAAUAACCCAGUAAAUUAAUUAAUUUGCACAAUGGAACUGGAAGGCUACGACUGCUUCGCAAGAAGCAGGAGGCAUCUACGAAUCGAGCAGGCGGGCAGGCCGUUAUUUGAUGAAAUGAAUAGAAACAUCAAAUCAAAUUAAAGCAAUUAGUUGGGCUGGUGGUGGUGGUGAUGAGAAAUUUGUGAUUUACUUUC